UAGAUAGAUGGAUAGAUGGACAGAUAGAUAGAUUGAUAGAAUAAAUGACAGCUGUGGGAGGUAAGGGCUCCUCUGUGUCGCAGGGAUUUUUGGAGCCGCCUGGGCACAGCGCUCCCUUCCCCUGUGGAAAGCUGCUUCCAGUUACUCCGCUUGAGAGCUCGGGCUCCAGAGAAACGCGUAUUUACAGAGAAAUGUGAAUUUAGAAAUAAACCGGGCCACGCGGGGCGCAGGCGGCCGCCGGGGCAGCCCCGCCCGGGGUCCUCCCAGGCCGCGCGGCGCUCGCGCCCGGCCUCACGUGGCUCCCACUCGGUGCGGCGGGGCCGGGGCGGCAGCGGGGCCGCGGCGGGAGCUCCGGGAACCGCCGGGGAGAAGGGCCGGGAGCCGCCGGAGGAGCUCCGGGAACCGCCGGGGAGAAGGGCCGGGAACCGCCGGGAAGGAGCUCCGGGAACCGCCGGGGAGAAGGGCCGGGAACCGCGGGAGGAGCUCCGGGAACCGCCGGGGAGAAGGGCCGGGAACCGCCGGGGAGAAGCUCCGGGAACCGCCGGGGAGGGUCUGGGAGCCGCCGGGGAGAAGCUCCAGGAGCCGCCGGAGAAGCCCCGGGAGCCGCCGGAGGAGAAGCUCCGGGAGCCGCCGGAGAGAAGCUCCGGGAGCCGCCGGAGAGAAGCUCCGGGAGCCGCCGGAGAGAAGCUCCGGGAACCGCCGGGGAGAAGCUCCGGGAGCCGCCGGGGAGAAGCUCCGGGAGGCGCCGGAGGAGCUCCGGGAGCCGCAGCCAUGCAGCGCCGCAAGGUGGACAAUCGCAUCCGCGUCCUGAUCGAGAACGGCGUGGCGGAGCGGCAGCGGAGCCUGUUCGUGGUGGUGGGAGACCGCGGCAAGGACCAGGUCGUCAUCCUCCACCACAUGCUGUCCAAGGCCACGGUGAGGGCCAGGCCCUCGGUGCUGUGGUGCUACAAGAAGGAGCUGGGCUUCAGCAGCCACCGGAAGAAGAGGAUGAGGCAGCUGCAGAAGAAGAUCAAGAGCGGGACCCUGAGCAUCAAGGACGACGAUCCCUUCGAGCUGUUCAUCGCGGCCACCAACAUCCGCUACUGCUACUACAACGAGACCCACAAGAUCCUGGGGAACACCUUUGGCAUGUGUGUCCUGCAGGACUUUGAAGCCUUGACCCCAAACCUGCUGGCCAGAACCGUGGAGACGGUGGAAGGAGGCGGAAUCGUGGUGAUUCUGCUGAGAACCAUGAACUCCCUGAAGCAGCUCUACACGAUGACCAUGGACGUUCACUCCCGGUACAGGACAGAGGCGCAUCAGGACGUGGUGGGGAGGUUCAAUGAGAGGUUCAUUCUGUCCCUGGCCUCGUGCAAGAUGUGCCUGGUGAUCGAUGACCAGCUGAACAUCCUGCCCAUCUCCAGCCACGCCGCCAGCAUCGCCCCUGUGCCCCCUCAGUCCCAGGAGGAGAGCCUGCGGCCCCAGGACGUGGAGCUGAGGGAGCUGAAGGAGAGCCUGCAGGACACGCAGCCCGUGGGGGUGCUGGUGGAUGGCUGCAAAACCCUGGAUCAGGCCAAAGCGGUUCUGAAGUUCAUUGAAGCCAUCUCAGAGAAGACCCUGAGGAGCACCGUGGCGCUGACAGCAGCCAGGGGCCGAGGGAAAUCCGCUGCUCUGGGGCUGGCCAUCGCUGGAGCUGUGGCUUUUGGUUACUCCAAUAUCUUUGUCACAUCUCCCAGCCCUGACAACCUCCACACCCUCUUUGAGUUCAUAUUCAAAGGCUUUGAUGCACUGCAGUAUCAGGAACACCUGGACUAUGAGAUUGUCCAGUCCUUGAAUCCAGAGUUCAACAAGGCAGUGGUCAGGGUGAACGUGUUCAAGGAGCACAGGCAGACCAUCCAGUACAUCCACCCCGCUGACGCUGUCAAGCUGGGCCAGGCCGAGCUGGUGGUGAUCGACGAGGCCGCCGCCAUCCCCCUGCCCCUGGUGAAGAACCUGCUGGGCCCCUACCUGGUGUUCAUGGCCUCCACCAUCAACGGGUACGAGGGCACGGGCCGCUCGCUGUCCCUGAAGCUGAUCCAGCAGCUGCGCCAGCAGAGCGCCCAGAGCCAGGUGACCCUGACAGCAGAGAACAAAGCCACGGCCACUGCCAAGCUCACCUCAGCCCGCACGUUGCACGAGGUGUCGCUGCACGAGUCCAUCAGGUACGCGCCCGGCGACGCCGUGGAGAGGUGGCUGAAUGACCUGCUGUGCUUGGACUGCCUCAACAUCACCAGGAUCAUCUCGGGCUGCCCUCUGCCAGACUCCUGUGACCUGUACUAUGUAAAUAGGGACACACUCUUUUGUUACCACAGAGCAUCAGAAGUUUUCCUGCAGAGGCUCAUGGCCCUCUAUGUGGCUUCACACUACAAGAACUCUCCCAAUGACCUCCAGAUGCUCUCUGAUGCCCCUGCCCAUCACCUCUUCUGCCUCCUGCCGCCCGUUCCGCCCACCCAGAACUCGUUACCAGAGGUCCUGGCUGUGGUUCAGGUGUGCCUGGAGGGGGAGAUCUCCCGCCAGUCCAUCAUGAGCAGCCUGUCCCGGGGAAGGAAAGCCUCUGGGGACCUCAUUCCCUGGACCGUCUCGGAGCAGUUCCAGGAUCCCGAUUUCGGGGGCCUCUCGGGCGGGCGCGUCGUUCGCAUCGCGGUUCACCCGGACUACCAGGGGAUGGGCUACGGCAGCAGAGCUCUGGCUUUGCUGCAGAUGUACUACGAAGGCAAAUUCCCAUGUCUGGAAGAAGAAACAGUUCAAAAGCCAAAAGAAAUCACAACUGUGAGCAGCGAGACUGUUGGUCUAUUGGAAGAGGUGGUGACACCUCGGAAGGAUUUGCCUCCCCUGCUGCUCAAACUGAGUGAGAGGCGAGCUGAGCACCUGGACUAUCUCGGGGUGUCCUAUGGCCUGACACCCAGACUGCUCAAGUUUUGGAAGCGUGCAGGAUUUGUGCCAGUCUAUCUGAGGCAGACCCCUAAUGACCUGACAGGGGAGCACUCCUGCAUCAUGCUGAAGAUGCUCAACGAAGAGGACUCUGAGCAGGAGCCCUGGCUCACUGCCUUCUGGAAAGAUUUCAGGAGGCGCUUCCUUGCCCUGCUCUCCUACCAGUUCAGCUCCUUCUCUCCCUCCUUGGCCCUGAACAUCCUGCAGAACAAGAACAUCAAGCAGCAGCCCCAAGCACCCCUGAGCCGCGCCGAGCUGGAGGCAGCCUUCAUCCCCUACGACCUGAAGAGGCUGGAGAUGUACUCCCGCAACAUGGUGGACUACCACCUCAUCAUGGACAUGGUGCCCACCAUGGCCAGGAUGUUCUUCCUGGGCCACAUGGGAGACAUCUCCCUCUCUGCUGCUCAGUCGGCGCUUUUCCUGGGGAUUGGCCUGCAGCACAAAUCCCUGGAGCAGCUGGAGAAGGAGCUGGAGCUGCCCAGCAGUCAGCUGAUGGGGCUCUUCAACAGGAUCGUCCGCAAAGUGGUGCAGCUGUUCAACACAGUCCAGGAAAAAGCUGUGGAGGAGCAGAUGGCAGCAACCAAGGAUGUUGUGAUGGAGCCAACGCUGAAAUCUUUAAACGACGAUUUGGAGGAGGCUGCGAAGGAAUUCCAGGAAAAGCACAAGCAAGAAGUGCUGAAACUGAAGGAAAUGGACCUGACACAGUACAUCAUCCGGGGGGAUGACGAGGAGUGGAACGAGGUGCUGAGCAAAGCGGGACAGAACGCCUCCGUCGUCAGCGUGAAAAGUGACAAGAAGAGAAAACUAGAAACAGGACGAGGACCCAAGCAGCAGAAGAAAUUCAAGAAGACCAAAGAUCUAAAGCAGAAGAGGAAGAAAUGACUUCAAAGCCAAUCAAUGAACUUGAAUGAGCAAGUGCUGGGUCUGUGCUUAAGGAGUCCUGUCCUCCUCUAAAGCAAGAAGAGGAGGGAAGAGGAAUCCUCAGAGGCAUCUUUCAGGUGUUUGUAUUGUGGGAAGAGCAGGCUCCAAGUGUUUGUGUGAAGAUUUUUCCAUGCAGGGUGACUGCAGAGUGAGGAGCUGGAAUGCCCUGGGAGGGCAGAUGAGUCUGUAAACUUCCUGCACCUUAAUAAUGCUUCUGUGGUUUAUUAAACAAGAGCUUGGACAGCCAA